GUGGAAAGCGCGAUGUUGUGCCUGCUAGUCUAUUGUGCUAUCAACCUUUCACGAUAUUCCUAGAACGAUGAAUUUGGCAAACAUCGACAUUGUUGUCUCAAUGACCUAACCAAACGUCCAAAGGACUGUACAAAGUAGACCAAUACCCCUCCCUCUCACCCAAAACCCCCAUCUCAAUUAUCCCUUGGCCUUUUAUCCCCUCAACAUGGACAGAAGUAAAUACCAUCAUCACAAAGCAGCGAGCACCGGCACAACAGCCAAAAUGACACCACCACGAAAUUCGGCCUGGGAUGCGCCCCACUCACUCCAGCGGUCACAACAGCAAAUUGACCAGAUCCUGUCGGCGCCGAUCCAGCCGUUCUUGUGCAAGUGGUGAGCAUAGAACCGCUGGCAGGCGGCGUGGUCGGUUCGGGGACUCCUUGCGGACAAUGCCAGUGCUUGCCAUGGGGGAUGCGCUUGCUGGCUGGGGAUGCCGCGCUAGUCUCGACACUUCCGCUAGGCGGGGUUGUCGGUUCGGGGACUCCUCCGGGGACUCAUUCGGUGACUCUUUCGGGGCAGUGCUAGUGAUCACCAUGAGGAAUGCACUCCCUGGCAGGAGGUGCCUCUCCCGUAGGGGAGCUUCCGCUGGGCGGGUUUGUCGGCCCCGGGACGCCUUCAGAGUAGUCCCCGUGGUCGCCGUGGGGAACACACUCGCCUGGUCCCUCCAGGGUGCCAGUUGCGCCGUGGUCGCCUGGAGGUGUGGUCGGUUCUGGGACUCAGUCCCUCGGGGCAGUGCCAAUGGUCGCCGUGGGGGAUACGCUCGCCCAGUAGCCCAGUUGGGGUUGGUUCCGGGUUACCGCUGGAAGGAGUGGUUGGCUCGGCAACGUCCGACGGAUAGUGCUAGUGGUCUCCGUGUGGUUCGCAAGUGGCGGUAUUGCUGGUUCUUGGACCACAAUCGUCCUCUCCCGGAGGGGUUGUCGUCUCAGGUACGCCUGGAGAGCAGUACCAAUGGUCCCCGUGCGGGAUACACUCCGGGUGCCGUCGUCUCGGUUGACGAGUGCCCUCGUCCGGAGUAAGCGUGGUCGGCUGCGGCACUCCGGGCGGGCAGUGCCAAUGGUCACCGUGGGUUUCACAGGAUUGGGUGGCGCUUGGGGCGGCCGUUGAGAGGGCGCACAGUGCCCUGUAACUCAACAUGUCAGUAUCACACAAAUCAGGAGCCGCAUUUCUUGAGCU